AUGGUCAGCAAGGAGGAGCCCGUCACGGUCGCCGUCAUCGGAGGGACGGGUCUGUACAAGCUAGACAAUCUGCAAGUUGAAAAAGAGCUCGACCUCGACACUGCGUACGGCAAACCGUCGUCGGCCAUCACGAUUGCCCGGCUCGAGUCGGGCAAGCAAGUCGCUUUCCUCGCCCGACAUGGCCAUGGACAUUCGAUCACGCCGUCACAUGUACCCGUCAGAGCUAACAUUGCUGCGCUCAAGUCGCUCGGCGUGAGAGCGAUCGUUGCUUUCAGUGCAGUCGGCAGCUUGAGAGAGGAGAUCAGACCCAAAGAUCUCGUGAUACCCUCGCAGAUCAUAGACAGAACAAAAGGCAUCAGACCGUCCACGUUCUUUGACGGUGGCAUUGUUGCCCAUGCCAUGUUUGGCGACCCCUUCGAUACUGCUCUGACGCGAUUGCUCGGAGACAUCGUCAAGGAUGUGCUCAAGGACACCCAGGUCAAGCUGCACACGGGCAAGACCGUCGUCGUCAUGGAGGGACCCCAAUUCUCUACCCGAGCAGAAUCACUCAUGUACCGCCAAUGGGGUGGCGAUAUCAUCAACAUGUCUGCCCUUCCCGAAGCUAAGCUCGCUCGGGAAGCAGAAAUCAGUUACGCUCUCAUCUGCACCUCGACAGAUUAUGACGCCUGGAGAGAGUCAGAAGAGCCAGUCACGGUAGCAGAGGUCAUGGGAACACUCAAGGCCAACAGUGAGAUCUCAAAGACCGUCGCCGCUGCCGUGCUCGACCAUGUCCACGAUGCGCUCUCGCACGAGAAGGGACUCAUCAAACCAGAGGGAGGCAUGCAGUACAGCAUCGUCACUGCCAGACAACACUGGCCAGAGGAACAGGUCGAGAAGCUCAAGACGAUCCUGCCGGCCUACUUUAGCUAG